ACAUUUCUAGUUUUGGCUAAACCGAUUAAACGUUACGUUUAGGUUUAGGUUAUUUUCGUUUGUCAUCAUAGGUGAUCAUAGGUGUUUAUCGAUUUCUGAUCCAUUUUCUGACCUUUUUGACAUUAAUGCAAUCUAAUUUUGUUUUGUCGCUGCCAUCCUUAACCAAUGUAAAUAAAAUUUGCCUUACACAUGGAAGCAGUGGAAGGAUUUAUUUGCAGGCACUGCGGUGCAUAUAUUCCUUUGUUAGAAACAGCAUCCGUUCAUGAAUGUUUUAAAAACAAAGAUGUAUAUGUAGACAACAAUAAUGUUUUAUUUGUACAUGACAAUUUGGAUGGCCAUGAUAAACUAUGUAAUGACUAUGAGAAAACAAACACUAUAGGAAGUAGUGAACAAUCUACUAAGCAAACAUGUAAUGACUAUGAGAAAACAAACACUAUAGAAAGUAGUGAACAAUCUACUAAGCAAAGUGCUGUGUGGACUGAUAAAGCUAUAAUGGCUCUUCUCAGCCUUUACGAAGCCAAUGUGCAUAUGUUGGAUCAUCCAAAGAAAAAAACCAAAAUUUGGACAGCAGUAUCAGAUGGUUUAAAAGAUUUCGAAAUCGAGAUGUCCCUGAUCAAGUAAGAUGGAAGAUGAACAUAUUGCAAAAAAAAUACAAAAAAUGUUGUGACAACAAUAACAAGUCCGGUAGGGGUAAAAUGGAAUUUAAAUGGUAUGAUCAAUUGGAUGAAAUAUUUGGUAGAAAUAAAGACGCUAUUGCUGCCCAUACCGUAUCAAGUAAAAUAAUAAAACAAGCUUCCGAGUCUACAUUAUCCAGCCAAAAGAACAUUGGAAAUUGUACUUCUGAGUCGUCAUAGUCGGCUGAGAUUCCUGCAACUCCUAUUGCUUCUACUUCUUUGCCAAUUAAUAAUAAAAAUGCAAAAAAACCAUUUCGUAUUUGGCGUGGAACAGGUUCGAACUUAGCAGAUAAAAAAUUAAACAUUGAACAUCAGUGGCUUAAAUUUUUAGAAAACAAAGAAGUAAGAGAUACUGAACGUGAUAAAAGGAUUGCGAAAUCUGAAGAA